AGUGCACCAGGAGUUCUGCUGUCAGGAGUUGGGGACAUUGGCACCCUCCCUCCUGGCCCCCAGACGUGGCAGUGCCCACAGGUCCAUCGCCACGAGGGGCACAGCCCACCUGGCCUUAUCCUGACACCCCGGGGAAGCUGCCUGCUCUGGCCACAGCCCCGCGUCCUGACCCUGUGCUGGCUCAGAUCUGUGCCAGCCCCAACAGGGACAUGUAGAAUCCCUGCUCUCCACCCACAGCUAGCUGUAGGGCCAGCACUGGCCCCAGGACCCUCCUCCCUCCCCUUCUCCCAGGAUGCAGGGUGCAGGAAGGCACCCCCAGAGCCAGCAUGGGGCAGAGAUCUGCAGUUAGCAUCCCUGCACUGCAGAAAGAGCAGGAGAGGGGGAAGAGACCCUCCAGCAAAGAGCCUGGGGACCCCCUGGAGGCUGGGGCACGUGUCCUGGCUGCUCUUCAUCCAGCAGCUCCACAGCCCCACAGUGAGCAGCCAGGACCCUGUACCCGUCUGGAGGCAGCAGGAGGGCCGAGGGCAGAGUGGAGAUAAGCCACGGCAAAGACAGCUGUAGCUGGGAGAAAGGGGGAUUGAGGGAUUAUGGCCAGGAGCCCAUCAAAUCUAGGGAUCAAUCUUCUCCCUCCUGAGGAGAGGAAAUGGGGCCUCUGCCCCACAGGAACUAAUCUGCUUUUUAAUGAGGAGCUGGGAAUUGUGUUGUCAACAACCAGCAACACGCCUGCCCAGCACUGUGGGGACGCAGCGCCAGGCUGGGAGCCCUGGGUGAGUGGUAUGCCCUGCACCAGCAGCCACCCCAGCUUCUGGAACCAUCACGUUUGCCAUCAGGAGAAGACAACCCUAGACCAGACUGGGCUCUGCUGAUCCUGCUGCAGGAGCACCCUGCCUGUGCCCAGCUCAAUGCCAGCCCACAGCAGCUCCCACUCCAUUCACUGGCCCCAUUCUCUCUGGUCCUGCAGAAGCCAACAAUAGCCCUGGGGUGGGCUGGGGUCUCCCGCGUGGGCUGGAUGCCCUCGGCCAGACCCUGCUCCCCUGGGUGGGUGCUCCCAGGUUUGGCCUGCACACGCGCACGGCAGAGACUGAGCAGAGCUGCUAUUUCUGUCCCCAGCAUGCAGAUGUAAAAGAUGCACCAACAAAAGAUUCAUUACAGCUCCAAAGUGGGGUCGCACCUGCCACCUGGGGCUUGCCUUCCUCCCCAGGGCUGGGCCUUGCUCUGCGCCGUUCUCGGUAUCGGGAGCGGCACGUGGUCAAACCACAGGUUAGAAAGCUGAGACACCGACAGCUUCAGACCCAGCAGCCCGGGGAAAGGCUCCGCUGUGCAAUCAUGGAGCAGACGCUGCUCAGGAAGCAUGUGGUUGCUCUUGCAACGACCGAGCACCUCGAACCUCCUGCUGCUGCGCGGUGGGUGUGAGACGACGGAAACAAACCCCGCACGUAGGGCAGGGACCCGGGCUGGGCUCCCAGGGGUGAGGCUGGGUGGAGAAGGGCUGCCCUGGGUGUGGCUCUGCACCUAGUGGCCAGGCCACCCCUGCCGAGCCCUCCUCACUCAGCCUCCCUCUGCACAGGUGACUCCCAGCCCCGACCCAACAGAGCUGAUGGCCACCACUGACUUCUACCCCUGGGAGGACGAAUACUUGAGCGAGGCCAGCAUGUUGCCCGAGCUCUGUGAGAAGCAGGCAGUACAGGGCUUUGCCCGCACCUUCCAGCCUGCCGUGUACCUGCUGUUCUCACUGCUGGGCACAGUGGGGAACGGGCUGGUGCUGCUGACGCACACCCGCUACCGCCAGGCACACAGCGUCACCGAUGUCUGCCUCCUGCACCUCGCUCUGUCCGACCUCCUGCUGCUCCUGACGCUGCCCUUCGCCAUCAGCGACACGCUGCAGGGCUGGUCCCCAGGCACAGCCGCCUGCAAGGCGCUGCAGGGUCUCUACGCCCUCAACUUCUACAGCGGCUUCCUUUUCCUCACGGGCAUCAGCGUGGAUCGCUACGUGGCCAUCGUGCGGGUGCCGGUCGCCUGCCGCCUGCGCCCACGGGCUCGCCGCCUCGGCUGGCUGACAGCGGGGCUGGCCUGGCUGCUGGCCACGCUGCUAGCCCUGCCCCAGUUCAUCUACGGCCAGGCAGAGCAGCACCAGGACCUCCGGCUCUGCCGCGUCGUCUUCCCCCGUGUGGUCUCACGGGCAGCCCGCGGGGCCACCAACGUGCUGCAGGUGCUGCUGGGCUUCGCGGUGCCGUGCCUGGUGAUGACCAGCUGCUACGCGGCCGUGGCACGGACGCUGCUGGCGGCCCGCGGUGCGCAGCCCCACCGGGCGCUGCGGGUGCUGCUGGCCCUGGUGCUCGUGUUCGUGGCCCUGCAGCUGCCCCACAGCGUGAUGGUGCUGCUGGACGCGGCCGAGCUGCUGGCCAGCUGGGAGAUGAGCUGCGCCCAGAGCCGCCGCAAGGACCUGGCGCUGCUGGUCACCGGCGGGCUGGCGUACCUGCGCUGCUGCCUCAACCCCCUGCUCUACGCCUUCCUCGGCCAGCGCUUCCGCCGGGAGCUGCGCCUGCUCGCCAGCGACGCCGGCUGUGUGGGGUCCCCCGACCCGCGCCGCUCCGGCCGCCACGGUCCCCGCCGGCGGACAUCGCUCUCCAGCGGCUUGGACGUGAUGUAGGAGCACGGUGCCUCGGGGUUCGGUCCCUCCGCGACUCCCCGGGGACAGCCCCGUCCGUGCGCAGAGCUGCCCCCGUGAGCACCGGGACGCGGGCGGCGGCGGACAAUCCGCCUGCACACGGCCGGGCAGAGGGGAGAGCAGCCCCGCAGCGCCGGCGUGCCCUGCGAGCGCCACCCGCGGGGCUGCGGUCCCCGCAAAUGCCACGCGUGUUUCAGGGGAAGCCUGCAGUGUCACGGCGCCGUGACACGCAACGUUUCGCGUGCUCUGGGGGUCCGGGCGGUGCCGGUGAGCCGGCUCGGUGGGUGCAACACUGGGGCCAGGCAGGCAGCUGGUCCCCACUCUCACAAUAAACCCCGAACGAGUCCCGGAGGGCGAGCGCGGUGGUUUUGCGGGGCCGGGGGCGGCUCCUUGGCCACCGGCACCGGCGGGCGGUGCCUGCAGGAGGCAGCAGAAGCUUGCGCUUCCUGCUCGCCCUCUGCUCGUCCCCGCCGCUGGAGGGACACGGAGCCCCCGGACAGGGGACAGCAGAGACACCCCGCCCCGGAAAAACCCUCCUUGGUUCCUGCACCCCAGGGCGGGGGCAGAGGGAGGUUUGUCUCCCCUCCUUACUCCCCCCACGAGCUCCUGUGCCACGGCACAUCCCGGCCCAGAGGCUCUGCGGCACCAGGGCGCUGCGCUGGGGCUGGCCCGGCCCGGACACGUGGCGACCAACACAUCACCAGGGGCUAGGACAUGGCGAGCGACACUUGUCCCACGGGCUGGCACAUGGUGCCAUGGGCCGGCAGCGCUGGGGCCAUGUCCCGCUCACCAGGCCUGGCUAAGGAAACGCUCCACAGUGCCGGGAACAGGACUGGGCUCGGCUGUGGUGCAGCUGCUCGUGGAGCCUCCCAGCAGAGCUGGGCAGGCAGGGCAGCACCUCCCGGUCCUGCCGGGGCUGGAGGCUACUUCCUGUUCAGCCCCUGCUCCGUUUGGGAUUAGCCCAGGGCUCGGCUGGAAGAAGCCGUUCUAGAAGCUUCACCUGCAGGUUACUGCUGACUCAGCAGCCGCAGAGGCGGGGUGAUGGGCCUCUGUCCCCCUCGGUGGGGAUCGAGAGCCAGAUUCGGGCAGUUCUUGGCCAGACAGCACAGCUGCCCCUGCUGCCCGCCCAGCCUGUGGUCUAGGGUGGUCCCGCUCCAGUCCUCUGAUCCCCCACAGCCGGUGGGCUCUGCUGGAUGCUCGUGACUGGCCUGGCUGCACAGGCGGCCCCGCACCAGGGGCUCAGCCCCAGGCACGAUCCAGAGCAGGCUGCGUGGGAGGGGAGCUGGCAGCCGGAGCUUCCUGCCUGCGCAUCCCAGCAGCCAGGCUCCCAGGGACGGCCGUGACCCAACAGCUGUAGCACAGCCAGCGCCUUAACUCCUGGGGCUUCGGGAGUGGGGCCAGGGCCUGGACGCUGCCAUGGCACCCAUGGCUUGAGGGUGCCGCAGACCCCCUGCACUGGGCCGAGCCCAGGGCUGAGCUGAGCCACACGGCUGUGGCACCGCGUGUGAGCCCACCAUGAACGCCUUCCACCAGCUCCUUUGUGGAAAGUCGCGACGAGGGCCUGCAGGACAGGCCUGCCCGGGCAGGGUGCCCUCCUGCCCAUGGUGCCCUGCUGCCCACGGUGCCCUCCUGCCCGAGCACCGAGCCCAUGGUGCUCUCCUGCCCACGGUGCUCUCCUGCCCGAGCACUGAGCCCAUGGUGCCCUCCUGCCCAUGAUGCCCUCCUGCCCACGGUGCCCUCCUGCCUGAGCACUGAGCCCACGGUGCCCUCCUGCCCACGGUGCCCUCCUGCCCACGGUGCUCUCCUGCCCGAGCACCGAGCCCACGGUGCCCUCCUGCCCGAGCACUGAGCCCACAGUGCUGCCCGCUGCCACCAGCUUGGCACCACACCGGGCUGAGUCGCUGCGCUGGGCCAGGCGCCAGGAGCCAGGGCAGCGCACGAUGCGGGUACCGCAGGGCAGGGCAGGGCCCGUGGCCGGUGCCGGUGCCCACACCGGGCGCAGGCGGUGCUCAGCGACGGUGCUCCCGUGAGGCGCCGAGGGUAGCCGGUGCACCCCGCCGGCGGCGGCUCCGGGAGCAGCGGCCGCUCCGCAGCCCGGCCGCG